GGGAGAACGGGGCGCGGCCGCCGCCAUGUGCCGCCGGGCGGGGAUCUGCCUCGCCUAGCCCUCGCCUGGUGCACCGUUGUACCCUGCCUGCGUCUGGUCUCCGAGUGUCCGCAUACCUUGGAAUCCCAAGCAUCUGGACUGCCUGAGUACAUAAAGAUUGUAGAAGUUGGGCCCAGAGAUGGUUUACAAAAUGAAAAGGUGAUUGUCCCAACUGACACCAAAAUAGAGUUAAUCAACCGGCUUUCUAAAACAGGCCUUCCAGCAAUAGAAGUGACCAGUUUCGUUUCAUCCAAAUGGGUGCCUCAGAUGGCAGAUCACAAAGAAGUAAUGAGAGGCAUUGAGCGGCAUCCUGGCGUCCAAUAUCCUGUUCUCACGCCUAAUCUUAAAGGUUUUCAUUCAGCUAUUGCAGCAGGGGCUACAGAGGUUUCAGUAUUUGGUGCAGCAUCUGAAUCUUUUAGCAAAAUGAAUAUUAAUUGUUCUAUUGAAGAAAGCAUAGAAAAAUUUGAAGAAGUUGCUAAAUCAGCAAGAAAUAUGAAUAUUCCAGUGCGUGGGUAUGUUUCUUGUGCAUUGGGAUGCCCAUAUGAAGGAGACAUCACACCAGCUAAAGUGGCAGAAGUGUCUAAACGUCUGUACAGUAUGGGCUGUUACGAAAUCUCUUUGGGGGACACAAUUGGUGUGGGGACUCCUGGAAGUAUGAAAAGAAUGUUGGAAGCUGUUAUGAAGGAAAUCCCUCUGAGUGCCCUUGCUGUUCACUGCCAUGAUACGUAUGGGCAGGCGCUAGCCAAUAUCCUCACAGCCAUACAGAACUGCCACAGCUUCAAAGAGCCAAAUUCAAAGGCCAGUGACAGAACUAUGGAAAGCACGAUGGGAGUUGCUGUAGUGGAUUCGUCUGUUGCAGGUUUGGGUGGCUGUCCCUAUGCAAAAGGUGCUACUGGAAAUGUGGCCACAGAGGAUGUGAUAUACAUGCUUAAUGGUCUGGGGAUCAAUACAGGAGUCAAUCUUUAUACCGUGAUGGAAGCUGGAAACUUCAUCUGUACAGCUUUGAACAAGAAAACAAACUCAAAGGUUGCACAAGCUUCCUUCAAUACUGGAACUAUCAAAUAAAUGGAUUUUCUUUGCAGAUUAAUUACAUUUGUCAUCUGCCUUGACCAAGGACGCAUAUAUCAAGAAACCAAAUAUAAGAAAACCAUUUCAGCAAAGAACUAAAAUAGAACCCAGAUAUAACUUUCUGUUAUGGAGAGAGUUUCCGUACUGUAGUGUCUUGUUGAAAAUUGUCUUAUUUAUAAGUAUGAAAUAAAUGACUGUCAUAAAAAAUGCUAUGCUUGGUACUUAUACAGGUGAAAAAACUGUAUAAACAGCAGGCCAUUUUACCAUGCUUUAAGUUGAAUUUUGUUUUUUGAGUUUUUUUUGGUUGAACUGGUUGGAAACAGUGAAUACAUAGUUAACUUUUAAUCAAGAUGACUUUUAGAGCAAUACAAAUAUUUGCAGUAGUUUAUGAGAUCCUGCAUUGUGUGUGGCCAUUCUCUUAUGUGUUCUUUUUAUCUGAAUCUAUAUUUUUCGUUUGUCAACUCAGUUCUGUUAUGAACACAGAUCCAGAUCUGAAAUCACCGUAAGAAAUUUUUAGCAAUAGCACUUUUGUUAUUGUGUUUUGUUUAACAUCUGUUAAAUAUAUGGAUGACUUUAUCUUGUUCCAAAACAUUAUGGUUAAUGGCAGCCUUCCAGAUCCUCCAAAUCUAAUGCAAAUUUUCUUAUUUACUACAUAUGUUAAAUUUGUUGUAGUUGCUUUUUUUUUUUUUUU